UUUCUUUUCUUUUCUUUUUUUCUUUUCUUUUCUUUUCUUUCUUUUUCUUUUCUUUCCUUUUCUUUUCUUUCCUUUUCUUUUCUUUCCUUUUCUUUUCUUUCUCUCUCCUGGUUCCCUGUGCGUCUUCCUCGCGUAGCUCGCGUCGCCCCAGCGCCGCAGUCAACCCAAGCAGCGGCUGACCGACGUUCUCCCUAUGGCGGCUCCCCUGGGUCGACCCCGCCGUGCCAGGCGGCUGUCCCGUGCCGUCCGCUGGUCUUAGCAAAUCCGGCCUGGCAGUCCGACAAAUCUGGACGGACGGUCUGGUCUCCUACUGCGGAUGGUGCAUCUCGCAUGGGCCGGCGGCCACCCCCUGAUGGUCGGCGUCUCCCAGAGGACUGACAUGGUUGUCCCUCCCUCCGGCGUUCUGGCUGUCCGGAGAGCAACCGCGUGCUUCCGCUGCCGGCCGCCGUUGCCUAGGAAGGUGGCGGCCAAGCGUCCGGGUGGUGCCGAGGGGCCAGGCUGAGUUGCCUCCGCUCUCUCUUGGCCGGUCAAGCUGCUGGGGCUUGUGGGUAACUGCCGCCCCGCAUCUUUUUUCUCCUUGGAUCGGCGGAAGUUCAUGCAUGCAUAGAAUAGGCAUUCCGCCCUCUGUCAUACUGCCGGCUGCUAGCGGCGCGGGUUCCCCCCAGUUGGGCGAUGGGCCAGGCUGGAUUUCACAUUCCCAGGGUCCCGCGUUGUCCGGCGGUCUCCUCGGCGCUCCUCUUCAUCCGGACGGCAGGGUGGUUCCCACCCCCCUUUUUCCUUCUUGCUUGCCAAUGACGGAAACCAUGUGUGCGUGGGGUCCAGCUUUUCUUCCAUGAAAGCAUCUCGCGGGUCCAUCACAGGCUGCUGCCCGGCGCCCCACGCGAGCAGUCCUCCCAGCGUCCGGCUCCUCCUUGGCCGCAUAGAGUUGGUUGGGGCCGGCCAGCCGGCCGGUCGCCCUUUACCGGCACGACAUCGCCUAGGAAGUCGACGGUUGUCCUGUUGCUGACCGGCUUCACCCCCAUCUAAGUGGUCAUGUGGGUGUGAGCCCCCCUGUUGGCGCACUCCAAGUUGACGGGCAGGCUUGACGCCUCGUAUACGCUAACUUUCUUUUGUUUUGUUUCUGAUGUGUAGGUGCACUCCAUCCCGUUUGACCAUGCAACAUGGAGGGUGCUCUUCUCAUCAAAACGAUGGUCGAGGUUCUCACACGGCAAUGCAAGUUGAAGUUCAGCCCCUCCCCAAACCAUCGGACUCGGGGCUGCCGGCCAUCAUUGAAGGAAAGCAGGGGGCGGCCAUGAAACCCAUACGGGUCAGCCGCGGCCCCAGACCACGUAUGCAUGGGGGAAAAGCUACAGAACAUCAGGUCGAAGCUCCAGCCAGACAGAUUGCUACUUCCGAGGGUCAGCAACUGAGCGUUCCACGCAUAGCACGAGCACAACAUGUGGACAUGUCAGACUCUGAUGAUGAUUCUGGUGCUCGGGAGGACCCGAGCCUUUGGUGGGGCCUCGAUAAUAGCGGGAUAGUGAACCUCCCCCCUCAUAUCCAAGAUGAGGACCUUGCCGCUGCAUACAGCCUGAUCGGUGCCAAUUGUUCAUUGAGAACUCCGGAGGCUACUGAGGUACUGAGUCAUCCCCCAGUCCAUUACUUUGGGGUCCAUAUCCGCUCUCUGGAGCUAGGGAUGGUUGUGCCUCUGCAUCCUUUCCUGGUUCGAUUUCUUCACUUCUUGGGUGUGGCGCCGGGCCAACUGGCUCCGACGGCUCAUAUGUUCGUCGCGGCUUUUGUGGCGCGAUGUGAGGACGUGGGCCUCACUCCCACGAUCGAUUUGUUUUUUAGUUGCUUCCAGUGGCGCGCCUCCAGCUUUUUUGCCUCAAUUUCCCAGAGGCCGGUGAGCAAGCUAUUCCGGCCGGGUUACCCUAACUCAGGUAGCCGAUGGAAGAAGAGGUGGAUCUGGGUGUCCGACGCCACCCUUCAAUCACCUCCGUUUCAGUGGGGUGAUCGGCUCCGGAAGUGUGACCGGGUCGCCCUUUCUCCUGACCUCAAGUCAUCCAUCGAGACGUUGUCCGCAGGCGGUCCCCGCUCCAUCAGCUCAUACUUAGAGGUGCCAGACAGGCCUGAGAAGCACAUCAUUGGUGCCGAAUCCGAUGACGAUGACGAAGAAGCCCAGCCAUUCACCGCUCGUGUGGCUCCUACGGCCACCAAAGGAAAAGAGCAUGGAGCUCCCCCAAACCGUGUAGCACAGGUUCCGAGGAGGGUGAGGGUUACCUUUGGGCCUCAGCCAGCCGCACAAGCGGAGAAGAAGCAGAAGAGGGAUAUUGUCGACUUACUGGUCGAAUUGGAUGAGUCUGAUGACGAGGAGGUGGAGCCUCACGUAGCUACUGCUCCUGUGGCCCCCCAGGCCACUGCAGGCAAAGGGCACGGAGCCCCCCCGGGCCGAGAGAGGCAUGUUUUGGAGGGGACGACUGUCACCCCAGAAUUCCAGUCUGCCGGGCAGGCGCAUGAAGAUGCUGGCGAGAAGAUGGCUGAGCGGGUUGGCUGCGACACUCAGCACACAAUUGCUUACACCUUCCCAUCUCCGGGUGCCUCGAUCAUGCAUGAGGGCUUCCCGGUCGUGGAUUAUGCUUCAGCGGUCUUACCGCCGGGUGACCUCGCACGUAUGACCUCCCAGGGGUUUCAGCCUUUCAUGGAGGGUUCUAUUCGGACCCAUGUUGAGGGACUUGCUAAGACCAUUGGGGCACUUUGGGCAGCUAACCAUUCUCAAGCGAGGCUUCAGCGUGAGGUUGAUGAAGUUAGAGCCGCCCUACAGGAUAGGGAGAAAGCCCUCUCCGAGUUGCAGCUCUCGCAUGCGAGAGAGUGUGAAGAAGGGGCCAAGCAGGCGGCCAAGAAAGCGAUCCUCGAGUUCAAGGCCUCCGAUGAGUUCCAGAAAACCAUAUCUGAUAGGGUGGAAGCGAAGGAAUCUGUCUUAGUGAAUAAGUGGCUGAAGACCGACGAGGGGGAGUACUGGCAUGCUCGUGAAGUUCUGCACGCUUUUCAGAGCGGCAAGUACUUGACGCAGCAUAAAUUGUAUGAUCAGUUGGAGGGUCUCGGCCCUGACUUCCAUCCAUCCGCGUUAGGCCUGCCCGCUCGCAUGAAGAAACCUGAGGCAGCAAUAGCCCUCCUGCCCCCCGGAGUCUACCGCCAGGAGGAGGAGUUCGGUAACUCGAACGAAUGGUGCUGGUUCUUUCCACGACCUUCGGAAGACAUGGCCCCCUUUGCGUCUGGCCAGCUGGAGGGAGCUCUAGAGUCCAAUGAAGACUUGGUCGCUGUGUUAGAUGAGAUUCCCGAGGUCGGUGGCGAUGGGCAUGUCCUGCCAUGACUUCGUAUUUUGCAUCUUUCUUGUCUUCCACUUGUACACAUUGUGUUUUGACUGGAUGUUCAAUUUUAAACUCAUGUGUUUCUUUUCCUAUACUUUGCGUUGCGAAUAC